AUGGUACCUCCGUCGAACCGGACUGAAAUGAUCAUUAUAGGAAGCGGCAUCACCGCUGCAGCUGUUGCUUGGUCGUACCUGGAAGAGUGCAGACGCUCAAACGCUUGGCACAGUAUCAUCGUCCUAGAAUCCCGCGAUCUUUGCGGUGGCGCCUCAUCACGCAACGGCGGGCAUAUGAAGAUCAUUCCUCACGAACAAUUCAGCGAACUGCGGAGAUCUCAUGGGGAAGAGCGAGCCGCCGCGAUUAUCAGAUUUCAGCUAUCUCACAUCAAAAGGAUGAUGGAAUUAUGCGACGCCAGGGGAUGGGAUAUGGCCGAGUGCCGCAAGGUUGUUACUGUUGACUAUUUCCUCACAGAUGAAGAACGUGAAGAAGCUUUCGCCAAAGUGGAAAUAGUCCAGAAAUACAUACCAGAGCUAGAGUAUACAAAAUUUAGCGCGCAAGAAGCUCGGAAGAAAUUUCAUGUCAACAAACAUGUUAAAGGCGCUCUAUCGUAUGUCGCCGGGGUAAUACAUCCCUACAGAUUCACAACCUGCGUAUGGGACGAACUUCUUCGGAAGUAUAAGUACUAUCUUUUCAUCAAGACUCACACAACCGUCUUAAAUGUCGUGGCACCGAAGGGCCGACCCUAUGCAUUUCAAGUCAUCGUUGAUCAGAUAGAAAGCCGCACAUUUGAAUGCAAUCAUGUCGUACAUGCUACGAAUGCUUUCGCAACUCAGUUCGUACCAGGCCUGCGAGGCAAAUUAACAGGCAUCCCCGGAACGGUGUCUAUGAUGAAACCAGGCAAACUCUUCAAUGAAUCAGACCAUAUGGAAUCAUGGUCCAUUUUCUACGGCCAUGCGCACGAUUAUGCUGUUCAACGACCAGCGGUCGAUGGAGUACAGGGAGAUGUCAUCUUGGGCGGAGGUUUCUCACGAUCCGAAGGCCAAGGUGCCAGCAUGCUUGGUGCAGGGGGCUGGGAGACCCUGAUGCAAUGGUCCGGCAUCAUGGCACUCACGGGAGAUAAACUUCCCUUCGUCGGUAGGCUGCAUCCUGACCUCACUGGGCGCAGGCCCGCUGUCAGCGAGAUGAUGCAUCCAAAUCACAGACCUGGAGAGUGGAUAUGUGCUGGCUACAAUGGCGACGGCUUAAUGUUGGCCUGGCUUUGCGGUAUUGCACUGGGCAUCAUGGUCGCAGAACGCGAGCACGUCGACCGGCCGAAGAUUGCGGGAAGACCCGAAGGACCUCUUCGGUCAUGGUUUCCCCCCGAAUUCCUGCCAACUGGGAAGAGAGUCCGAAAGACGACCUUCAAAAACCUCGGCCGUCGCUUUUUCUGGGCGCUCCUGUCAAAACGCUAUGUCGAACCAUACCCCGAUAACGACAGCUUAGACUCCUCAAUUUACGACGAGCCCAUCUUGCCUAUGUUCGGGUAA